GAUUGGUGCAGACUAACUGGUAUAUAUAAUGGUCACUGUUUAUGAAAUAUCAUCAUACGAUUAAGAUAACCAGCAAUGAGAAAUAUCUGGAGUGUUUUGUUGUUGUUUUUGCCAUGCUUCGUCCAUUCAUUGGAGUUUCCGGAACCAGGCGAAGGACCUUUAAUAGCCGUACUUGAAUUUGAAAAGAGAUUGAAGACAUUCGAUCCGUCUGAAGGAAGUAAUGCCAGUGUCUCGAACAUCCGGUUCUUACCCGGAACAAGGAGAGGCGGAGCUGCAUCCGCCAUAGAAUUUAAUUACAAACAGAAGUUAAUUUAUUGGACAGAUUUAUUUGAAAGAAAGGUCUUCAGUAUAAACGGCGAUGGUGAACGACUGGUACAGACAACCGUUUUACAAGGAGGCAUGAAAUCACCAGAAGGUCUGGCUUAUGACUGGAUACAUGAUAAUUUGUAUGUUAGUGAUUGGCAGCUUCAUAAAAUACUGGUCGUAAAUCCACAAACUGGAGCGAAGAAAACGUUACUAACCAAUGUUUCUGAAGUAAGAGACAUCGAAGUAGAUCCUGAAAACGGGUGGCUGUACUACAUUGCUGGGUGGGAAAGUGAGACAGCUCGCCUUGGAAAAUUUUCAUUGGAUGGCCAAAUCCACGAAGUGGUAUCACGACGUCUGAAAUAUCCAUCCAGUCUCGCAUUAGAUCAAGACGCCCAAAAAUUAUACUGGGUGGAAACUUUACCUGCCAAUAAAAUCAAACGAAUUGAUGUUAAUGGUGAAAAUUAUACAACGAUAUAUAAAGGUAGUUCACAUUAUUUGUAUUCACCCAACGAUUUGACUGUAUCCGGGGAUUACGUGUACUGGACACAGGAUUAUAAUUGGUCAUCGACACUCUAUCGUCGAAUCAAAGAAAGAGGGAAUUAUCCAAGAACUAGAUACACCAAAGUGGGCAGAGGCGAUGAUGCUUUAACGUCAUUGGUGGCUAUUGAAGCUAGAAAACAAAGGGACGGUCCUAAUCGGUGUGGUGAUAACAACGGUGGAUGUUCACAUUUCUGUUUACCAUCAUUACCAUCGUCGUUACCACAAUACACAUGUGUUUGUCCAGAUGAUAUGAUAUUAAUGGCUGACAAUACAACCUGUACCAACAUAGAAUAGAAGAAGAAAUUUGAACAAGAGAUCUGAACCCAACAUGCCUCACCUGAAAUGACUAAACCUAUCUAAUCAUGGUCAAACAUAAUGAUAUUUAAAUUCCAUUGUAUUUUAUGUGUUGAUUUGUCUUGUUGAGAUCAAAAUUGUUAAGCCAGUGAGUGCUGAAAGGUAUCCGAUUGUGUGCUACACUUUCAGCCGACCUUCAAUUAAUAUGUCUUAAACAAAUCUUUGAUCAGUUAGUUUAUGUCGAAUAAUUACUGGAAAUAACACACCCGUUCAAUCGAAUUCAUCUACUUUACAUUGACCUAAAUCAAAGAGGGUUAAAUAGAAAUAAAUAUUAUUGUUCUGA